AGAUAGCAAUUUCUGUUGUUGACGACUUGUAUGUUAUGCUGACCAAACGCAAUUCUUUUGCAUCUUUACUUCUCCUAUUUACCUUCUUUUCCAACCUUUCCUUUUCCUUCUAGUUUCUAUUACAAGUUUCAAACUUUCAAAUCUCAACUCUCCAAAUUUCAUUUGAUUUGACUUCCCAGAUCUCAUGGCUGGUCGCUAUGAAAGCAACCCCUUUGACGAAGAAGAAGUUAACCCCUUCUCUGAACCAGCUGUAAGGGGAAAAACAUCAAACCAAUCAAACUACAGUGGCGGUGCAUUUUACACAACAAAUCCUGGAAGUGUUCCAUCUGCCACAAAUUCAAGGCUUGCACCUCUUAGGCCAGAGCCUGCUGAUUAUAAUAAUUAUGGCUUUGGAGAAACAGUUGAUAUACCUCUUGAUGCAUCAACGGAUUUGAAAAAUAAGGAGAAGGAACUGCAAUCCAGGGAAGCCGAUUUGAAAAGAAGAGAACAGGAUGUGAGACGGAAAGAAGAAGCUGCUGCACGAGCCGGAAUUGUUCUUGAGGAAAAGAAUUGGCCACCGUUUUUCCCAAUUAUCCAUCACGACAUUGCUACUGAAAUUCCGGUUCAUCUUCAAAAAUUGCAAUAUGUUGCAUUUACUACUCUGUUAGGACUAGUAUUUUGCCUGUUGUGGAAUGUUAUAGCUGUUACUGCAGCUUGGAUUAAGGGUGAAGGUGUAAAAAUAUGGUUUCUGGCCAUUAUCUACUUCAUAGCCGGAGUACCUGGAGCAUAUGUUCUGUGGUAUCGUCCAUUAUAUCGUGCUUUUAGGACCGAAAGUGCUUUGAAAUUUGGUUGGUUUUUCAUGCUCUACCUGCUUCACAUAGGGUUCUGCAUUUUAGCUGCCGUUGCUCCUCCUAUAGUUUUCAAAGGAAAAUCCCUCACGGGCAUUCUCUCUGCCAUAGAUGUGCUUGACAACCAUGCUUUGAUUGGGAUUUUCUACUUCAUUGGAUUUGGAUUAUUUUGCCUAGAAACGCUGAUAAGCAUUUGGGUGAUUCAGCAAGUAUACAUGUACUUCCGUGGCAGUGGUAAGGCGGCUGAGAUGAAACGCGCGGCUGCCAGGGGAGCAGUGAGAGCUGCAUUCUGAUGAUAUAUCAUUUUGUGGAGAAGGCAGUAUAGUAUGGAUGACUUUUGUUUGGAUCAAUAUUUUGUAUAUUACUAGCCACAAAUACUAAGAAAAAUAUUACACUGAGUGUGAUUUUUGUAUUGAAGUUUUGUUUAUUCAUUUGUUUCUCUCUUGUUUACCAUGUUACCUAUUUAUAUGGUUUGUUAGUGUACAUUAUAAGCAUAGCUUCGACAUAGCAGUGGCUGGUAGAAACAUUCCUUAGUGAAACUCAUGUCAUUUUCUAGAUAUUAUGCUUUUCAAGUUUCUUUGAAGUUGUGUCA